AUGAGAAACGCAACGCGCACAUCCGAUCGUGGGCUUAUGCGACAUCGAAACGAACCCGGGCGGUUCUUCGGCGAUGGUGUAAGCUUCAAGGCCAAACUCAUCGGCAUCCUAGAGGUCGGCGAAGCCCGAGGAGACCGGAUGUGCCAGGAGGCACUGCAGGACCUCAAAAUGGCAAUACGCGCCGCAGGAGAACACAAGCAACGCAUCACGAUACACGUCACGAUCGAUGGUUUACGAUUGAGAGACGAAAAAACUGGCGAUUCUCUCUAUCACCAUCCCGUGCACAAAAUAUCGUUUAUCGCCCAGGACAUGACGGAUUCGCGUGCAUUUGGCUAUAUUUUUGGUUCCCCCGAUAGUGGGCAUCGGUUUUUCGGCAUCAAAACCGACAAAGCCGCCAGCCAGGUGGUGCUGGCAAUGCGCGACCUGUUUCAGGUCGUGUUCGAGCUGAAGAAGAAAGAGAUUGAGCUGGCCCGGCAGCACAUUCAGAGUAAAAUCACAGCCCACGAACAUCAGGCCGUGUCCGCAUCUUUGGUAGCGAAGAGCAACACCACACUGGACAGUUCUGGUGGUGGAGGAGGAGGAGCGGGAAGCGGUAGCUCGAGCUAUGGAAAGAAUCAUUCUAGUGAGACGGGUGCGUUGGUGGGAGCGCUGGGUGGAUCGUCGAUUGUGGGCCCAAGCAGUAGUGUUAAGAUGACCGCAGGGAAGAGUGAAAAAUCGCCCGAAUCGGUGGCCGAUCUGGUGGAUCUCGAGCAAGAAUUGAGCUGUAUUCAACGAGGCAUAACGCAGAUGGAACGCAUUACGCCUAGUGAGGGACCGGGGAAAAGUGUUUUGGACGAUGAUCCGUUUGGCGAUUCGUUUGCCAAUAUUCCGCCGUCCUACAAUCUUCUACCACCACCAGAGUCGAGCAAACGGCAUCAGAAACAAACGCACCGUUCGACUGAAAACUUGCCAACGAUGGAAUCGAGUCCUGCAGUAUCCUCAACACCUCCUCCAAUGCCAGCACCACCCAUUCCAACACAACCAAGCGCUUCUAGUGGUGAUGCUGCAACGGCGACUUCACAUUCACAUUCUUCUACUGCUAGUCGUAGCAAUAACAAUCCACCACCAUCGCAGGGUGCCGGUGGAAGCACAUUGACUAAUAGCAACUCGGUACAGAACGAUGAUUGGCUAAAUUCGCCGCCAAACACGUCACGAUUCGAUCCGGAACCAGCACGUUAUUCAGACGAACCAAAGAACUCUGACGAGACGGGAAAGACUCCACAGUCGAGCGGUGCAGCGCAGCCUUCAUCGUAUACGGAUGUUUUUACCGAUCUGGACCCGCUGGGAACGGGCAAAAUAAAGCCAUACAUCGACAAAAAAUACUUCUUCCAAGAGCUCAAGAAUCCACCAAAGAAGGUGUUGAAAGAUCUGUCCGGAAAGGAAAGCACGUUCAAUGCAAAUUUUGCACCGGAAGAUCAAACGUCCUCGCAGAUGUUGCAGCAAAGCCUGGCUGGAGGGUCAGCAACGUUAAAUGCAAGUAACAUUUCCACCCUUGCCAGCGGUAGUGGUGAUCUGUUUAAGGCCAGCUUUGACGAGGCACAAUCGAUGAAGAAUAAUAACGGCGGUGAAACGACAACAAGUGGAAGCGAUGUGGGAAUAUCUGCUGGCGGUGGCAAUAGCAAUAACAUGCCACUCAUCGAGUCACUAGUCGGAAGCGGUUCAACCAAAGCUUCGGUUGAUCCGUUUAUGGAGGAUGACGAUUUUUCGAAACUUCAGCUCGAUCCGUUCGAGGUACACUUCUCUCGAAACGCAUCACCACGCAAUGCGGGAGGAGGUGGUGCCCAGCAGGAAGGAAGGAGACCAUCCGAUACGGAGGAAACUUCAAACAAAUCCUGCGCUGAGGAUAAGGAUGCUUCAGUAUACAAUGGGCCGCUACAGGUAAACCUUCCGCCCGAAUCGUGGGCUAGCUACAUUAGCCAGAAGCGCCUUGAGCGACAAACUUCCGAAGCGAAUGCUGCCCAGGCACAAACCGGUGGACCGAACGCGCAUCGCAACAGACCGGCAGCCAGCAGUGUAUUCAAGCAGAAUACCGUCGACGUGAUCUCUAGUCUAAGCUCCAGUUCCAAAAAGAUGAAACCGAACCUGUUUGGACAAAAGUUCUCCAAACGCGACUCAAACAGCAUAAAUAUGCGCCGGCUACAGGAAAGUGAUUCCCUGAGCGAAACGGAAAUGGCACCGGAGCCACCGCCCCGUCCCGAUUCUGGCUCGCACAUCGAACCACCACCGUUGCCUCCGAAGAAGCAAUUUGCUGACAUUGUCAUCCGACCGUCACUGAGAUCAUCUCAUGCUACUGGAAGCAGUGCCGGGUCCGGCACAGUACCCGUCCAUGGGCCCAGAGAGCGAUAUGAUUACGUUGGUUCCAAAUACGACAGCAAUCGAUCGCCAUCGAGUGGUGGACCCGGAUCGGAUGCUCCGCCGUUGCCGCUACCAUCGCGCAAGGUUGGUCGUACAGCGGGCGAAACUGUUGGUCCCGGACGACCUCAGAAAAAAUGCACCGAUGACGAUGACUAUCUGGCACCGAUCGGGAAGGUGGACAUACCGACGCUACUGCCACCGCCACAACGCAAGGACGCAUCGAAGACGACACGCAUCACCAGAAAGCAAUCGGAAACAGAUCCUCGCAAUCUCGACGAACCAACGCCUCCACCGACAUCGAAAUCACCGUCCGGCAGUGGAGUGGGACAUUUUUCGAAGGAACUCGAUCACCAUCAGCAAACGACGUCCUCGUCCGCUUCGUUCCUACCCGACAUUACGCUCAGUCAAUUACUAACGCUCGGCAUCGAUGAGCUGGCCACGAAGCUGAACGUCCCCGUGUCCAAGCUGAGCACAAUGACCCUCGUCGAGCUGACCACGUACCUGUCUGAGUUUAUCGAAAACAGUAAAUACUCGGCCGCACCGCCACCGCCCUCAGCAGCACCAUCUUGGGCAACGAGCAGCAGCAUCAGCCAGGACAAUACGGCCGGGUUGGAUGGAAGUAUCAGUGAAUCGCCCGUAUUUAAGGUGAACUUUGAUGAUGUGAACGAUGCCAUGUUUGUGGCCAAGUUUGAUGACAAUUUUGGCGAAGAGGAACGGCCACGCAGUGGAUCGACGGUGGGGGAUAGCGGAAGAGCAGGUUCGGGAACGUUUGUGGCAAACUUCGAUAAUAUGAAUCUACAUCCGUCUUCUUCCGGUACCAAUGCAUCUCAUUCGCCGAAACCGGUUAUAGAUAAGUAUGCAGUGUUCCGGGAAAUAAUUGAACAAGAAAUCGGUCCAGACGGAACAACAAGCGAAUUGGGACAAACAGAUCAUGACCAGGAGCAACAACGAUCGACACAGAGUGAUCCUGCCGAUUCGCUUGAUUUGCAAAAGGAAGUGGCCUCGGAAAUGAGUCGUCUCUCGCCGGCCUUCAUCGGUAGUGAUGGUGGAAUGGUGGGCUCCUCGCCAUUACCUACGCUUGGCUCACAUUCCUUUGGAGGAUCUUCCGCCAGUCCCCUAACUACCGGACCUCCUUUAACAAAGAUCGAUACAAAAAUUACGCAGGUAAUUUCCCAGGCAAAGGAUCGCUAUGCGGCAUUGCGGGACAUUAUUUUGGUGGAAGAUCUGUUCGAAAAGCCCGCUCAGGCUCCGAUGGCGCGAAUGGAAUCAUCCUCGUUCGAAGACCGUGAGUUGGACGAUGAUGCCAAGUUCGAGGCCAACUUUGACGAUAUGGAACCGGCGGUACAGCAGCAAGAAACGACCUCGCCAGAGAUCAAUAUUUCCGAUGCGGAUAUGAAUGAGGAUGAGUUGCAGCAACAGUCACAGGGCCAGGGAGACUUGCACGGCGGUGACGGAGGUUCGUUCCGUAGCGCAACAACUCCACGCGAAGAUCUAGAAAUCGACGAACUGAUGCAGCAAGCGGUUUCGAAUCUUUCCCUGCACAGCAACGAUCAACUCUCACCGGCUCCAACUGGAACCAACGCACAGUCGGGACUGACGGUGAAAGGAAGUCCACUGUUGCAGCACACUUCGACCUCACCUUACCGGCCCACCAAUAUGUCCACUUCCACCACGUUACUGAACGAUAUGAUCGCACCGAAAAAUAAAUCUCCAACUAGCGGCGGCAGCAGCACCAUGGUUCAGUACGAAACUCUCUCCCUAGGACAUAACGCACAAUCGGGUCGUGGGAUCGGCGGUUUAAGCGAUAUGAGUACAUCACCCAUUCCACCAUUAGGUUCUAAGUCAUCCGGAAUGGCCAAGAGCCCCAUCCUCAAACCAUCUCCAAUGUCUCGGAGAAGCGAUGAAGGUAUUAGAAGUAAACCAACACCGGCCCCGCGCGGUCCGUCGUCGACCGAUAAGCGUUCGUCCGGUUCUAUGAGCGAUGGCGAUGGUGAGUCGUCACCAGAAGGAGAUAACAACGAAGAUGGUAAACCGUCUCGCAUGACUCCUACCAAUGCCAAUGAAUCGUGGGCAGUUUUUGAUCAGCCAGAACCAUCGUCACACCACCCUUCCAAAAGACAAGAUUUGCGCCAUGAUCCUGUACGUGGCGAUGGUGGAAGAAGAAGUGGCGAUAAAAAUGGACCUGAGUCACCUUGUUCCUCUGACCCAAAAGACGAAUGGACAAAGGCAGAUCUGCGCGAAUAUGGACGUCGAUGGCCGUCAAAAGGUCACACCUCGUCAUCGUCACGGGACGUUAGUCCCUGGGACGAGGAAGGUCCGGACUAUCGCAAACGCUCCUCGAUGCAUCCGUCCGGGGGUGAUCCGUCGAUGCGUCAUCACCAUCCUACCUCGGGUGAACGCUAUCAUCAUCCGCGCAUGCCGCCGCGGCGUAUCAAUUCGAACGAUGAAGACUACGAGGACGAGAUCGUGAAGGAUCAGCGAGGUCAACAGCGUCGUCGCAUGAAGAGUGGUGUCGGUUCGCGAAGCCGGGACAAUUUCGAGGAUGAACACUGGUAUCACGAUCAUCACGUCGGCCCAACGUGGUCUUCACCGACGGAGGAUGAAGACACGCGAGGCCCACCGGGUGGUGAGCGUGGAUCGCGAUCGUUCGAUCGGAACGCUUAUGAACGCAGCACGUAUGGACCGCCGUACGAGAAGCGGGAACCAAAAAGCUUACCACCAGCGUACGAUCGUCGGGAUUACAAGGGCUACGACAAGCGGAAGUACUAUCGGGAAAGAGAACCAUCGCGCGGAGGCAGUGGUGGUGGUGGUCGAUACGAUUACGAUCCAUAUGCUGCCGAUGGUGGUUACGGAGGCAGAAGGCCAGAUUACGAUGAUGGCAUGUACGAACGGCCGAGCCGGGAUUCGCGGGCAGCUCGAGAAUAUUUCUACGAGCGCGAGCGUAAGAGCUUUGACCGCGAGAGCAAUGAGUCGUACGACAGUCGCGAACGUCAGCGCAGCUUCGGCAGUGGCGAUAUCUAUGGUAGUCUGGACAGUCGAGCGGAAUAUCGCGAAAGAGAUCGAUACUUAUCGCUGGACAAAAGCCGCUCCCUGCGACGUGGCCUACGCAACGCUGGCAGUGCCCGGCUAGAUCAGGACCUGGAUCAGGAUUCCGAGGGUGACCUAAUGGGUGGUAUGACGAUGGGUGGUGGACGGUCGGGUCUGCGCGAUGUCGGAGGCAACAGUUUACAUCGUUCUAGUCAAAAUAUUGGACGUGGCAGCAAACAACAACAGCAGCAGCAGAUGAUGAUGAUGCUAGACGAUGACGUUUGGGGGGUUUCUAAGGGUGGCGUCAGUUCAGCGGCUACUAUGCCGUGGAAGAGGCCCUCGAGCGCAACGGAGCAGCAGGAACAGCGACGGUACAACGAAGGCGGACGAAGCGGGCGUGGAAUGGUACCGGUCGGUGGUCCCGGUUCGGACGGUGAAAAGGACCGAAGGUUUCGCAAGAAGAGUCGAACGCGGGCCGAACGGAAAGACAUGGAGAUGCGUUCGAACUACGCGACGAUGCGAUAUCCGGUGCGUUCCAAAGAGGAUUAUUUCGACUUUGAUGCACCGGAAGGCGGCCGCGUCGUUGCAGGCGUAGACGACGAUGAGGAGGAGGAUGAUGAAGAUGAUGUCCCGGGGGGUAAGAACAUUCUGGACGAGCCGUUGGACGAUAGUCCAGCGUACUACGGUGGCCGUAGACAGCCUCAGGGAGGACCGCUGCCAGGAUCAACCGGAUACUACGGUAAAUCAUCCACCCCGCGACAGGAAGGACGCAGCAUGAACGAUGCGCUCAUCGCACAAGAAGCGAAAAAGAUGGCACGCUAUGAGUACGAAGAGGAAGCCCUCAGGCGCAUGAAGAAAAGCAAUAGUCGAGAUCUGUACUUUGAAGCUGGCCGGGGGGAAGGUGGAGGAUAUGGCAGUGUGACUCCACCGAAGGGCAACAUUCAAAAGCAACAUUCACACAACGCGCCCCAGAGUUCCGCUGGUCGGCAGCUAGACUUUGAGUUUGAUGAGUUCGCUGAUCCAUCUGGGCCUCCUGCCGGUGGGGAUGGGUUCGAAAGUGAUUUUAACUCCCCGCCAAUCGGUGGUGCCGGGACGGGGGGACCUAUUGCCGGGGGUAGAGGUGAAGGGCAGAAGUCGUAUCGUUUUUCGAGCGAUUUCUCCAAUGAUAAGGAACGCGGCCAUUACGCACACGAACCUCCAGGCGGAUACCAUCGCCAGCAGCACUACAAGAAUCAUCCUGGCGGAGGCAGCUACGCUGAUACGGGUGAUUAUCCACAACACUCACAAUCAUUGCAGCAGGCUCCGUCAUCGUCGACACCUCCACCGGCAUCUUCCUCAUCCGGGCAUCAUCACCAUCGGGAGCAGUCCAGCAGUGGUUCGAAGCUGCGCUUCAAUGAAAAUGUCACCGUGUCGAAGUUUGACGCAGAGGCAACGACCAUGUUCGAGGACGACUUUGCUGGACGGUCCGAUGCGGAACAGGAUCCCGAAGAUGGGCAGCAGCAUGGUCAACAGCAAGGUUGGUCUUCGGCAAGCAUCGCAACCAGUCCGGCUCCACCAGCAGCGACAAGCAAUAAUGGUAGUAACAAAAAGAUAUUAAAAACCUCUAGUCAAGCAGGGCAUCAUCAACAGCAGCAGCAGCAACAGCUGUUUAACCAGGAUAACAUACGCAAAUCGGACAGUAUUAACAUUUUUGCCAAAAAGGUCGACGAUCCGUUUGAGGAUGAUGAUUUCUUCUCCUCCUCCGGUGGUGGCCGUGGAGACCCGUUCGGUGGUAAUGGUGGUGCCGACGCUGUCGGUCACGGAGCGGGCAGCGGAGCAGGUGCCACCGGCACCGGUCCGACCGGGUGGGACAAAAACUUUGCAAAUUUUGACGAUAACAUCUGAUUACUCGGUAGCCUGAUGAUCGAGAGCAACUUCCUCAGUCGCCAGCUGAGCCGAAGUUUGAGUGCCCGUCAGCAGUAUCAGUACUGUUGCCAACAGGACGAACAUCAGCGCUACUCACUGGCUAAGGACAUACGGAAGCUUUACAUGCGCAUCAAGCACUGCAACCGGUAUCAGGUGUUUGU